AUGACUAAUUUGGUCUGGGACUGGAGAAAUGAGAUCAUCAAUUAUCUCGAGCAAGAAAAGUUGCCCGAAGACUCCAAGGCGUCCCGGGCGCUACGCGCCAAAGCAGCGCGAUAUAGCUUCAAAGGAGGCCAUCUGUACAGGAAAUCUUUCCAUGGGCCGCUGGCCCGAUGCUUGGGAGCGUCCAAAUCUAAUUAUGUUAUGCGGGAAGUUCACGAAUGGAUAUGUGUAAAUCAUUCACGCGUAGAUUCCUUAGUACUAAAACUAGUAUGGCCAGGUUAUUAUUGGCCCCGAAUAGAAGAGGACGCCAAAGCUUUCGUGCAAAAAUGCGAUAAGUGUCAACACUAUGCACUACUAGUACAUCAACCAGCAGAACAAUUACAUUCAGUUCUAUAUCCAUGGUCGUCCAUGAAGUGGGGAAUGGAUAUCUUCGGACCACUAUCGUCGGCCCCUGCCUUAAUCCCCGUGGAAGUAGGAGAGUGUACCUUGAGAUAUUUCCAGGCAAGUGAAGAGCCGAACAAUGAAGCAAUGUUAGUCAACUUGGAGCUACUCGAUGAGUGCAGGAACUUGGCACAUAUAAGAAUGGCAGCCCAGAAGAAGAAAAUGGAAAGAUAUUAUAAUCGAAGAGCUAACCUCCGUUAUUUGAAAGUGGGAGACUUGGUUCUAAGGAAAGUAACUCAAAACACUCGGGAACUCAACGCGGGGAAGCUAGGUCAAACCUGGGAAGGCCCCUACCGGACUUCAGCUGUCACCGGGAAAGGUUCAUAUGAGUUGGAGAAUCAGGAUGGAGAAAAGUUGCCUAGUAACUGGAAUGUGGCACACCUCAAGAGAUAUUAUUGCUGA